AUGACAGAUAACGUUGAGAGGCACAAGUCUACGAGAUGGGUUAAAGGUGUACCUACGUAUGGUGACUGGACUGAUGACGACUACGAGGAUAAUAGUGGUGGUGAUGUGGAUCAAAGCUCUGCUAUACAUGGAUAUGCACCUAUUCAACAGCAAAAUUUACAUAGUAUGGCGUCACAAAUACCGUUGGAGGAAGGUGUCGGCAAUGUCGGCGUAGCUAACGACGGUACGAGCAUCUCACAGAAAACAUUAGUCUUGUCGAUUGAUAAAAAGAACAGAAACAGAGAUCUUUGUUCGGAUAGCAGUGAUAAUGACGAAGAAGAAGAGGAACAAAAGGAGGUAAACAGUUGCAAUCAAAGUAAGCCAUUCGAACUUCCAUCGUCCAGUUUGAGAAGCGAACAGAAUGAAAACUUUGCGAAUUCUAACAAGCUCAACUCGGUUUCAUUGGAGAAUGUACCACAAAGAUACAAAGAGGCUGUGCCAGAAGAAUCCUUCCCAGUGGAACCUAAAGAGGAAGAGAACAGCUACUACUCAAGUGUGUCUGCGCAACAGUAUGGGGGACAAAAAACCGUUGAGUAUAUUGCGGAGCUGAUAACUAAGCAGCAGCAGAAACCGAGUCAAGAUACAACUAACGUCUAUGAAGAAGAGGACUUUUCUCAAAACCAAACUCAGCAACAUCGCAAUUUCCAGGUCCCACCUACACCAACUUAUAGUGAAUUUUCGAACCGAUCAGGAUAUACAGAAACCAUUUCUGAAGCAAGUUUCCAAUCCGAAUCCUCGAUUCAAAAAGAGCCAACGGAUUUAUCGUUACGAAAGAUGAAUGUAAAUGAUAAACCUCUGGAAGUUUCUUCUCAUAUGGAACAUUCUGAUAACAAUGAGCUGCUUCCACAUGACCCCCAAAAAUUAGUUUUAUCAAUUGAUAAAAAAUUGGGGGAUACUAGUGACUCUACUGAUGAUGACAAUUGGGGAUACAAUGGAACCGACUCGUCUGAUGAGGAUGCUGCUGACGAGCUGUCGAAGACACAACCAAAAACAAUAAACACGUACAUUGACUCACUAAUCAAUGAACUUUCGGGUGAAUCGUUUAAUGAGGAGAACAACGCCAUUCCUCUGCCGUCAAAUAUUAGAACCUCAUUCGAUACUCAAACGACGGGAGAAUUGUGCUACGAUGGGGUGAAUGGGGAGAUCGAAAGCCCGCUUGCGCCGUUGUCAGUGUCAGCUGCGCAGUAUAGACCACAUGCUUUACCCUUGAAUGAAUCCUCCAAACGAAAAGUGUCUGUAAGGAAACCACCGAAAUCAAGAGAUGAUGAUUUGGGGUAUUACUCAAAUAUAGUCAGUGAUUAUGGAGAUCAAGGUGAGUCCAUCGAGGAUGAUAGGAAGACAGCGCAAAGUAGCAAUAAAAAAGAUGAAAUUGCUCCACCAAAUAAUGAUAUCCAAUCGAUUGUUUCAUCCGGUUCGUUGUCCACUGGAAAAUUAUCCAUGGACUACAAAGGGUCUCAAAAACCGGGAGAUGGCGAGAAAGACGAAAACAAAGGUUCGAGAAGGAUUUCUCAAGGCACUUUUAACUUUGACAAUUGGGUACCAAACACUGAAAGUUUCCGUAAUCAAUUUAUUAGUGGAAAUGACAACGAAUCUACAGUAAAUUAUCAACCCAGUGAUUCAGAAAAAGUUGCAAAUGUUGGAAUUCCAUCGGGGCUUAGUGUGGUGGUUUCGAAUACAAGUACAACUUCAUUACCAGAAACAAUUGACGUGGCAAUGCCUAGUAUACAAGAGGAUUUCAAUGCUAGCGACGACGACGACAAUGACGAGUUUCACGAUUCACAGUCUAGCGAUCGCUUAAAGUCCACAAUAACACAAGACUCGAUAUUAGAUUGCAAAUCUUACUCAACACCACUAUUCAAAGAGGAGAAACUAACGCCAGCGCCUUCUAAGGAUGAUUUUUCUCAAAAAUAUACCAGUCUUAUUCCUCCUAAUAAAAGUGUAGAGGAUCCAUCAGCAGCAGCAACAGCAGCAUCAUCAUCAUCAUUGGCGGCACCAGUACAGCUGGAGCAUAGAAGCUUUUCCAAUUCAAGUGGCUCAAUGACGCUAGUUAAUGUAGUGGAUAAAUCAGCUGCAGCGAAUACUUUUAUACCGGGCAAAUACCCUGUAUUUGACUGGAAGGCCAUUAUUGCCAUUUCGCAGCCAAUUGAUAGAAUUGCUGCAUUUGAAGCAGCCUUGUCGAAAGAAGCAAACUACGACACGGGACUACAGACAUGGCUAAACCACACAUUGAAACAGAGCUCAGAUUUCAACAAUAUCCAUAUUGGGAAAAUUGCAUCACAAGCUUAUCAGAAUGCUCUUCACAGCGAUCUCAGAAGGCAUGGUUCUUUUAGAAGCAAAGUUUUCGUCGUAAAGGAUAAAGUUGAGGGUACAGGAUCCACAGCAUCCAAUUUUGGGAAAAAAUUAUUUAGUCGUAGCAAGAAAUUUAUCUCGGGAGAUAAGUAA